UUUAACCUUGAAAUUAACUUACAACCAUCACCCAGCUUAUUAUCCUCACUUUUUUUUAACAGUUUGGAAAAUUCAAUUCUAAAUUUGUGCGCUAUAUGUGCGAAUUAGGGUUUCAAGUAUAAUCCCAAUUUCAGACGUUGAUUUCACUCGUUAGUUUGGCCAAGCUAAAUCACAAUGGCAACUCUUGCGGAUUCAUUUUUGGCUGAUCUUGAUGAUUUAUCUGACAAUGAAGCUGAUAUGGUGGUUGAAGAAGAUGGUGACGGGGAGAACAUAGAGGAGGAUAUUGAUGGAGAGUUGGCUGACAUAGACUCCUUGAAUUAUGAUGAUCUUGAUAAUGUCUCGAAACUACAAAAAUCUCAACGUUACAGUGACAUAAUGCAGAAAGUUGAAGAUGCAUUGGAAAAAGGUUCAGAUAUUCCUGAUCACGGAAUAGUUUUGGAAGACGAUCCUGAAUAUCAGUUGAUUGUUGACUGUAAUGCAUUAUCAGUGGAUAUUGAAAAUGAGAUUAUUAUUAUUCACAAUUUCAUUCGUGAUAAGUACCGUCUAAAAUUUCCGGAGCUUGAAUCUCUUGUUCAUCACCCUAUUGACUAUGCUCGUGUUGUCAAAAAGAUUGGUAAUGAAGUGGACUUGACCCUAGUGGAUCUGGAAGGGCUUCUGCCUUCUGCAAUUAUUAUGGUAGUUUCAGUCACUGCUUCAACUACCAGUGAAGCCACUCCAGAGGAUGUUUUACAGAAGACUAUUGAGGCUUGUGAUCGUGCAAUUGAACUUGAUUCAGCAAGGAAGAAUGUCCUUGACUUUGUGGAAAGCAGAAUGGUAUAUAUUGCACCCAAUCUUUCAGCUAUUGUUGGAAGUGCUGUUGCAGCAAAACUUAUGGGGACUGCUGGAGGUUUGACCGCAUUAGCUAAGAUGCCAGCUUGUAAUGUUCAGCUUCUAGGGGCCAAAAAGAAGAAUUUGGCGGGGUUUUCAACUGCAACAUCUCAAUUUCGUGUUGGCUAUAUUGAGCAAACAGAGAUAUUUCAAAGCACGCCUCCUCCUUUGAAAAUGCGUGCAUGUCGUCUUUUGGCAGCCAAGUCAACCCUUUCAGCACGAGUAGAUUCUAUAAGAGGAGAUCCAACUGGAAAGACAGGAAGGACAUUACGUGAAGAGAUCCGCAAGAAGAUCGAGAAAUGGCAAGAGCCACCACCUCCUAAGAUCCCAAAACCUCUUCCUGUGCCUGAUUCAGAACCAAAAAAGAAAAGAGGAGGGCGAAGGCUGAGGAAGAUGAAGGAAAGAUAUGCCAUCACAGAUAUGAGGAAGUUGGCUAACAGGAUGCGUUUUGGUGUGCCAGAAGAGAGUUCUUUAGGUGAUGGGUUGGGAGAAGGAUAUGGUAUGCUUGGUCAAGCUGGAAGUGGGAAGUUACGCAUGUCCGCUGGUCCGAGCAAGCUUGCAGCUAAAGUUGCUAAGAAAUUCAAGGAGAAGCGCUAUGGAAGUAGUGGCGCUACCUCAGGGUUAACUUCGAGUUUGGCAUUUACUCCUGUGCAGGGCAUUGAACUUUCAAAUCCGCAGGCUCAUGCACAUCAUCUUGGCAGUGGAACUCAAAGUACAUAUUUCUCUGAAACCGGCACAUUCUCAAAAAUUAAGAGCAACUUGGGUAGAAGUUAAGCUUCUGCAGCCUUUUAAAUCUUCGACUGUGUCGGUUUCGAUGCUGAACAUUGUAUCGAGUUUGCAAGUUUAACAUGUAAAUUAAACGAUAAUCAUGCUCAUAAUUGAUGUUUUCAUCGAUCACUGUAUCAUUAGUUUACCAGUUUAAAGAUUGCAAAAUUUUGUAGUGAUUACUAUGUUGAGCUUUGAGCUUGCCCAAAUUGUCUGCGGUGUAUAUGAAUUUCGAGUCUCACUUUAUUGCUA